CUUGUCUUUCCGUGUUUCGACGCAUCCCGCGCCAGCCUAUAUCGAUCCUCGCCGAUGGAGAAGAAGUCGACCGGCCGUCCGCUCUCGUGGCCCUACGCCCCGCCGGCCAUUCCUGCGACCGUCGACAUGCAGAAACUGGCCUCGCCGCACCCGUCGACUAGGGACGAUCUCUUCUUCCGCGUCGCGGAGCCGCAGAGACUCCGCACGUCACAAGCGUGCGAGAAGUGCAGGAUUCGCAAAGCCAAGUGUUCGGGUGAACGCCCGACGUGCGGUCGCUGCGAAGCACGGGGUCUCAAAUGCGAGUACUCUACUGAUGCGCGCGGUGCAAGGGGAUACAACAAGUCGCGUCCACGCGCCGCCUCCACCUCGCUUACGCGUGCCCCGGGCCACGCCAAAUCGAAACCCGCUGCGCCCCCAACCUAUUCAUCCCGUAACAACAGUCCGCCCACUGCUUCUUCAUCCUACAGCCGACCACCCUCGCUCAAGCUAGACCCGGCGUCACCCUCGCACAGCGGGCGUCCUCGCAGCCAUAGCACGCUCGCCACGCCGACUUCUGCCAAUUUCCCCUUGGGAGCAGAGGCAGGAGUGGGUGUCAGUCUCCUCGCGCGACACGGCGGAGGAUCAGCCAAGCGUAUGUCACUCCCGAACCUCGACCUCGACGGACACGGUUUCUUGAGCCCAUAUACCCACGACACGCCCUUAUCUGCUUAUGCGCCUUCUCCACUGUCUGUGUGCAUUCCUCAGAGCGACGGCUACCUGCGCUCACCGCUGGAUGGCGAUGGUGGAUGGAGCACCCCGCCGCCUUCGUCGGCCGCGUCUUCCGUCCUGUACACCGACAGUGCGAGCGAACAGUCGUACCUGUACUGUGACUCGCGAAGAGGUAGCUGGGCUCCACCAUUCGCCUUUACACCGGGAGAUGUUGAUGCGUCGUACGCCAAAGGAGACACGGCCUUUGAACCAGACUUGGUCCUGCACCCAGAUCUGGACGAUGAGCCGGUCGCCUAUCUGCACAAUUUCCUAUUCGAUGAAGAGCUUCUACCGGUGGAGCCGCAGAGGCCUUACACGGCUGACAACCAUUCUUCGUCUCUUGCUCCUCACGUCCUCCCGCACGCCCAGAGACCGUACAGUGCUCAUGCCAUGGACAGCCGGUCCUCCUCUGGUGGAAUGGAAAGAAGUUGGUCCCAAGGUUCCUUGAGACAGCGAAGCUCGAACGGUAGCAGCGGCAGUGUGCAUGACUUGUUGCAAGGGACACCGCCGAUGAUGAUGACAUCGACCUACGAGUUUCCAAAUCGAUCGAUGUACGACCAGCAAGACUCGCCUCACCCAGCAGUCGACCCCGUUUUGUUCCCAUCAACAAGCACAGGAUACCCAUUACUACCGCAUCUCGAUGUCGAAGAGAAUCAAUUUGCGUUCGAUGCUGUAGACCACGGCAUGGACAUCGACCAUACUGUUUCGGCGAUGGCGGCCAUGACGACGGACGUGAGCCACGUGUUUGAGAUGGACGCCACGUUUUCGAAUGCUGUGAGCGGGGGCGAUGCUAUGAAGCGGACGAUGCUACAGGGUUGGAUCGAACCACGAAAGAUGGAGGCGGAGUUGUUGGUUUCAUCCAAUGCCCAGCCGCUACCAGCGUCCAUAACCGACCGAGGAAUGAUGCAAAGUGCAGAUCCAGUGCCCCUUGCGAUGCCUGUCCCAGUGAUAAUGGCGUCGGCAACAUCGAUGAUGCUGAUGAAUCGAGCAUCGUUAGGGAUGAUGCGUAGUGUGUCCGAGGGCGAGCCUUUGCCCACGGCGGACGACGGUGAAACGCGUAGAGCGAGGGCUUCGACCAUCAGUGGGCCAAGUCUGGAGUAUGGGACCGGCAGCUGGUGAGCAGUGAUGAGUCGAUGCUUGGCGAGCUUGUUUUCGGAUUCGGAGAUUGGACUGGACACACUUACUAUUCCCACAAUUUACUACUCCUACUAGCGUCUACAUUCAGGGACAUCUGCACAUCGAUUAUACACGUACUUUGCUUGCCUAAAUCAAGUUUCUGGGUUCAUUCGUAGUCUUCCAUGCACGCUGUGAAAAUGCUUUCCACAAAUGACAUCGACUGUCA